AUGACUGAGGGAACAAUCAACACCGCCGCCGGUUCAAUUGCCGCCGAUGGCCUACCGGCUCAUCGACUUCCUUCUGACACGGACACAAAUUCCCCUUUUUGGACCGAUGGCUUGCCCCUCCCUCUCGAAGAGCAUACGAAGAAGCUCUUUGUGGAGUAUGCCAAGAUCCCCGAGGAUAAGCUGGAGGAGCAUCUUGAAGAAGCUCGCAAAAAAGCAUGGAACGAUUGCCCUUACCCAUGUAUCGGCCUCUGGUUGUUCCUGAAGCUACAGCUCAGAAAUAACAAGGAAUUUGACGAGGCUGUUUUGCGUACGCAGAAAGGAGAGAAGCUGCUUGAUUUUGGAUGUGCAAUUGGCCAGGAUUUACGCAGCUUGGCCCACGCAGGUGCCCCGACAACCAUGCUCUACGGCGCAGACCUCGUGCCCAAAUUCUUUGACGCCGGACACGCCUUGUUCAAUGACCGGGACUCGGGAAUUACCUUUCGCCAGGCCAAUGCUCUGGACGGAACCGACGCCCUCCCAGACUGGCGCGGGAAAUUUUCCAUCAUUACGUGUAACUACGUGCAGCACUGCUUCAGCCUAGACGACCAGGAGACAUUUGCGGGUCUGCUGCUGGAUUUACUCUCGGGUAGGAAAGGGGAUUUGGUGUUUGGACGGACCGCGGGGACGACGGAGGGGCCGGCGAGGCGGGAGGAGAUGCACAAGGGGCAGAGGCUUUAUCGGCAUACGGAGGCGAGUUUUGUGGCGUUUUGGGAGAGGAUGGCGGCGCGGGAGAAGGGUGGUGGGGGGAGGAGGGUGCGGGUUGAGACUUGGGUUGAUGAGGUUCCUGCUUUUGAGUUGAGGGGGCCAGGGAUGGCGAGGUUUGAGAGUGUGAAGAAUUUGAUGUAUGCUAUUCGGUUUGAGUGA